UGUAAAACGGAUGCAAAAUAUGGCCUAUUCUACUUUAACUUAACCAGAGGAAAAAUCUGAAUGGUGAGUACUGCAUAAACGUUCAGACUAUGCUAUUCAAGUGAGCGUAUCUUAUAUUAAUUUGCUAUCACAAAAAAAAAAAAAAAAAAAAAAAAAAGAAUAGAUUGCUAAAUCUGCUAGUAUUCAAGCCUAUUGAGCUUUCGGCUCUUCAGACGAUAGAAGUCUUAUACAUACAUGGGUUUCCAUCCACACCCACCAUUGGAACUUGGACCGUUUAGCGUCCUUCAUUACCUAUACUAGCAGGCAAAAAUGUUUGUAGAUUUAAAUGUAAUAUGGCCUUCGUUAGGUGUAAAGGACAUGACAAUAGUGAACACUGUAAAAAUGCUUGAGAAAUUGGGUUAUGCAGCGGUUGCAUUAAAUUACCAGUACGAUGGAAAGUUACAAAAUAUUAUUAAAAACCCCAUCCCUGCAACACUAUAUCCAGGGCAAAAGAUAAAAAUAUAUUCACGAAUUACCAUAACGAUAGAAUCAACACCUCAGAACAAAGUUUUGCAUAAUGCAACAAAAGAAUUCGAUAUUUUGGCUUUAAGGCCUGUAGGAGAAAGGUUGCUGCAGCAAACUGCCAGUGACCUCGAAUUUGAUAUCUUGUCCUUUGACUUUUCACAGAGACUACCCUUUUAUCUAAAGCAUACUAUUAUGGGACUUGCGGUUUCUCGAGGAAUUGGAAUUGAAAUUUCAUACGCUUCAGGUUUACGGGAAGCUUCUAGCAGAAGGAAUUUGGUUACGAACGCUUCUAGUUUGGUUCGUGCUACAAGAGGACGCGGUAUAUUGAUAUCUAGUGAAACCAGGAGCCCAUUAGAAUGUCGUGCUGGUUUUGAUGUUAUAAACUUAGCUACUUUUUGGGAUAUGAAGCAAGAUCAAGCUAGGCAUGCUAUUGGCGGAUUCUGCCGCUCUGUUAUACUCCAUGCAGAAACAAGAAGAGAUACUUAUCGCUCUGCUGUUAAGCUUGUGGAUGAAGGAGAUGCUACAUCGAACAAGCGAUUGAAGACGGCUGCUUAAGUAAAAUAAUACCUAUUUAUUGCUGGUUUUGGGAAAUGUUGAUUUAGACGUACAUUGUCUGUUUGCUAAUUAUAAGCCUAUAUCCGCUUCUGCUAUAAAAAAGAUUUAGAAACUUUCUAAGCUUUGAUUGUUUGUUUAAUUAAUUACUUUAUUUUUUGGUUUAAAAAAAUGCGUAUACUGCAAAAUAAGAUGCUAUAAUAUAAUUAUUUGAUUAUAGAUUGAGCUGUUUGAAUAAAAAGUACUUUCC